AUGGGACCAUUUCUCGAUUCACAUGACUCAGCACGUGACAUUCUCUCCGCCAAGCUUUUGUCAUUGAGGAUCCUCUCUCCGUCUACUUACCUGACCGAGGAUAUCACACCACUUUGCAACCAGCAAAAGCUUCAACUCACCCGCAUCCCGUCGUCGCAAAGCCGCAAUCAAGGUCCGCACACCUCGCCCAUGCUGUCCCGCGCCGCCGCCCGCACCACCACCCAGCUGGUCUCCAAGCGAGGAUUCCACGCAACCCGAGCCCGCCUCUCCUCGCCCUACCACUACCCCGAGGGUCCCUACUCCAACCUGCCCUUCAACCCUCGCAGCAAGUGGUUCGGCGCCGGCUACUGGACCUUCAUGGCCGCUGGCUUCUUCGCCCCCUUUGGCAUUGCUGUCUGGCAAACCUACAAGCCCCAAUAA